UGUAUGACAAGCAAGGAUUCCUUCUGAAGCUGGAUGGUGGUCUGCCUUUGGAGCUGAUCUACAAGUAUGGCAAUCUCAGCGAGGGGGCCUGUAAGCCUGGUUUUGCAGCAGCCAAGAUGACUGCCAUUUAUCCAAAAUUCACCAAAGUGGUGCCCAUGUUCCUUGAUCCAAAUUACAAACGAUUCUCCAAGAUUGGUGAUUAUUUGCCUCCAUUUGGAAUAAAAUCACAAGAAAAGAUCAUAGAUAUUCUUCUGUCAGCAACUAAGAGCUAUGGGCUUGGAGAGGAACUUGACAGUAUGAGCUGUAAGACAUGCAUCAUCGUAGGGAACGGAGGAAUCCUCGCCAACAAGUCUCUAGGACAGAGGAUAGAUCAGUUUGAUGUGGUGGUCAGGUUAAAUGAAGCCCCAGUGAAAGGCUUUGAGAAAGACGUUGGUUCUAAGACCACUAUGAGGAUCACCUAUCCAGAGGGAGCCAUCCAGAAGAUAGAACGCUACGAGGCUCAGUCUCUGUUUGUCCUCUCUGCCUUUAAAGCUCUGGACUUCAAUUGGCUUCGACACAUGGUCUUCAACCAGAGGCUGCAGAGCACUGAUGGCUUCUGGAAGUCGGUGGCCAGACGUGUUCCGCGGGAGCCCAGCGACAUGCGUAUCCUGAACCCAUACUUCAUCCAGGAGGCCUCCUUCAAGCUGAUUGGCUUACCUUACAACAAUGGACAGAUGGGCAGAGGGAAUAUCCCAACGCUGGGGACAGUUGCCAUAACGAUGGCCCUUCAUAACUGUGAUGAAGUAGCUGUUGCUGGAUUUGGCUACAACAUGAGCACUCCCCAUGCUCCUUUGCACUACUAUGAGAAGAUCAGGAUGUCAGCCAUCAAAGAGUCCUGGACUCACAAUAUAUCUAAAGAGAAGGAGUUCCUGGUGAAGCUGGUGAAGGCUGGGGUUAUCCAGGACUGGACCAAUGGGAUCUGUGGUGCAGGAUGUUGAUGGUCUGCACUCAGCCUUGUAGCUCCUUGCCUGCAACACUGUGCUCACACCCACCUGCUCCAGCACCUGAAGAGGGAAACUCAAGGGUCUGUCGGCCAUGUUCCCAACAGAGAGCAACAUGGUCACUGCAGAGACACUGUGUGCAUAUGAGGCUUUCUGACCAGGACACACUGCCGCAGUGUUGCAUUUUGACAUAUUGCAAUUGGCCUCUGCAUUGUUUCGCAGUAUUUAGCUCAUCCUAGUUGCAGGUUAGUGUAUAUAAACAUGGAUUUGGUGCCCUGGCUCAGGUGUAUGUCAGUAGUGUUGGGGAUUAAACCAGUACGUGGACCAGGCUUCCCUCUUACCAGAACUGUUGCAGUCUGUAGAGACGAGGAGAGUCUGGAGCUGCUGGGUUUAAACAUUGAGCCUUUGCCAAGAAUACCUCUACAAGUGUCCUUCUGCUCACACAUCUGAAUGUAAUCUGCAUCAAACCUAUAGUCACCGAUUUCUAUCUUCUAUUUUCUGUGUUAAACAGGGUGCACAUUACAUGGCACGAGUCAGCCGUCCUGAGUCAGUUUCUGACAUCUGAGAGUAGACCCUCCCAUCAGAGCUUGUUUUGUCGAGUGGGUCAUAGUUAAUAUGAAGCCAGAGAGCUGGGGAAUACGAGCUAAAGGAUAGUACACUCAAAUUAAGCUCACACACAGUUGCAGAAGAGACACAUUACGUUUGUUCUUGUGAGGCAGCAACAUACCAUGAUCCCUCAAGACUUCAUGUCCACUGGAUGUGGAGUCUCAUUUCACCUCCAGUACAACUCACAUCUCUCAAGCAUGAAAUUCACUUGUUAAUGUACAGUAUAUAUAUGACAGUUGACCUAAAAUUAGCAUUUUAUGAUACAUUUCAUUUGUUGCAGACUCUGAAGCUAAUUUUUAAGCAGAUGAAGGAAUUCCCUCUGUUCACAUUUACUGUUCAAAUAAUACAGAUAGAAAAUAGAAAUAAGACAGCAUGUAGUGCAAUAAUUAAACCACUGAAGUAUAGCCACAGUAUGUGUUACUAAUCAUAAACAAACUGCAAAUAAGUUUUCAAUAUUCUGUAAAACAAAACAUGUCAGCAAACAACUUAAAACAGUAUUGAAAUGUAUCUAUUUAACGGCUGAACAUCUGGACAGAGAUGUGACAAAGCUCUGGUGCGACCAGAAUGAGACACAGCAACAUCCAGUGGGCAUGACGAGGUACCUCACUGAGUCUUAAACGUCCAUUUUUUAAUGUGUGACCUGCGUCUUGGGUCAUAGUGUGGAGUGUCACUGUGACGAGUUAGUAAAGGAGUCAAACUGGUUGUAAUGAAGCAGUACAGGCUCUGGUAUCGCUGUGUAUCAAAACAUCUCUGUAUUAGUACAGUUUGAUAGGCAUGUCUGUCAAUUUCCUGUAGUUUUUCUUCCUAUCUUCAGUUAGUCCAGUGGACAUGGCCCUUUUAGACAAACAUCUCCUCAUCUGACAGUGAUUUUACUAAGAAUGUGGAGUAAUGGAGAGCGUAUAUACCACACUCCAAACACCUUGAAAUCACAAAUAGCUUGUUAUCUUCAACGUCUUUCUGUCUGACAUUUGAAACUAUUUGUUUGCAUGACUGAUUUGAAUCAUAUCAUACUGCAGUGUGUUCAGUCACACCUGGGCCCUGUUCUCCAUACACAGAUGAUAUUCUGUUUGAUUAAUUGUUGAUGAUUUGACACAAGUCUGGAAUUUUAGCUUCUCAAAACUGGCUUAAAGUUUAUCUGAGGCUGUUGUCAUAGCAACAAGUCCUGCAGCGCAAACCUGCAGAAGUGCAGUUUAUUCACAGUUGGCUGCAUUAUGAUGAUUAAGACUUUUCAAGGUGAAGCCCAAACAUUAAGUCAGUUUCAGAUACAUGUAGGGUGUCAUUAAGAUCUGUUUAACUUUCACAACAAAUAGUAAAAUGUCUAUACAUGAGAAAUAGGUUGUACAAUAAAACAAAGUUAGUAAAAUGUAAUUGGGCCUGCAAUGUGCACAUUAAAGAUAUUCAACUAAACAUUUCUGAUUUAAGAGGAAUCACAAUAGCAUAACAUGGUCAUUAAUUAUGGCAUGUUGAUGAGGAAGAGUCACUUAAACACUAAAACAUAUGAAAUGUUGUUGAGUGAAAUCCAAAAUGGCUGAAGGAUUGAUUACUGAAGUGACUCCAGAAGAUUAAGAUUAAUGUGCCUCAUGAGAAACUUCAUCAGGUUUCAUUGCAGGCAUGCUCCAGGUGGUUUCUCAGCUUCAAGUUAAAUGUACAGCUACUGUCCUGUCUGCAGCCAUGUCAGCCAGUCUUAAGUACAAUCAUAUGAUCAGCACUCGGCCAAUCGUAUGAAAGGUGAUCGUGGUUUCAACUCUUGCUUGUGUUUUCAAAAAUAAAGCACACUUUUGUUUAAGGUAGCUUCAUCCAAGAUGAACAAAUCAAACCCCUAAAGCCAGGAUCAGACUACACAACAUCAGCCUGACGAUGUCCUGAGCCAGCAGAGGAGCUGGUGAAUGAAAUGAAAGUUGACAUUUUCUGACCUGUUUCACACACAACUGUGAACAUGGAGAGCAGAUAUGAGAGCGAAAUUGUGUAAUCUGAUUCUGGUACUGCAGUGUUCAGAGAGCCAAGGUAACUGAAUGAAAAUAAACAGGAUCAUUCAGUGAUCAACACGUUCCUGCCAGUGGUUCCACACUAUUCCACUGAUCAUGUGGUGGUAAUGUGCCGAGAUAUGCAGGGAAGAAGAAGACUGUAAAUGAACACAGAUGUAAACAAUGCAGGGUUCAAAUACUCUCAAGAUCCUCUUCACAAAUGUUUUCUAAAAUGUUAUAUGUGUUCUCCACAGUAAACCUCAAGGAUAAAUACAGUAUGUUUUGGUGAGUAACUGUGAAUGGAAACACAGCUGACUGCCGGUUAACCCGGAUUAGUUAGGCUACAUUUGAAGAACAGGGUCCAGGUCUGAGCUGCAUUGUACUGAAUCAUGCUGCUACUUCAGGUGCAUUGAAUAACUGAUAUUGAAUUCAUGUGAAUUGAUAGUGUAGGCAGGGUUUUGCUGAUGCUGGUUUUAAAGGCCCACACUUCCUUCUCAUAACAUGCUUUAAAAACUCACUCUGACCUUUUUCUUUUCUAUUCAGAACAGUCAGAGCACCUCUCUGUGAUUAUUUGUAUCUCAGUGAAAUACCAAAACAUUCCCCACCUCACUCAGCCCUGCAAAAGGCUGCCGUCUCAGGCCCCAGACAUCAGUCAUCAGUCAUGAUCAGUGUUACUAUCAGACACAUCAACUGAGCUUUAGGAAUCUGUCUCACUUUAUUUACCAGGGUCAACUGUAUUGUAAAGUCUGUCUGUGUGUUUGUGUUGCUUUGCACACUCUGACGUGCACAGUUUGUGCUCACCUCACCGUAGGUGCUCAUGGACUGGAUGCUGUCAGAUGCUCAAGCCAAAGUCUUCAUAUAUUUAUUUUAGGCUGUGCACAAGAAUAGGUUAAAAAAUAAAGAUAUAAAGAUGCUGUA